GCGGAGAGCGGGGCACAGGGGGAGGGCGAUCCCCGGGAGAGAUCGACUGGAACUGGGGCCGGCCUGGGCAUCGGCUGCCGUGCUUCAGCCUUACCGGUGCCCGGGCCAUGCGCGUCGUCCUGUGCGGCAAUCAUGAGUGAUCGAAAGGCAGUGAUCAAGAAUGCAGACAUGUCAGAGGAGAUGCAGCAAGAUUCUGUGGAGUGUGCUACUCAGGCCUUGGAGAAAUACAACAUUGAGAAGGACAUUGCUGCUCACAUAAAGAAGGAAUUUGACAAGAAAUACAAUCCCACUUGGCACUGCAUCGUGGGAAGGAACUUUGGCAGCUAUGUGACUCAUGAGACCAAGCACUUCAUCUACUUCUACCUCGGCCAAGUCGCUAUUCUUCUUUUCAAGUCUGGUUAGACCCAUGGACUGUUACUGAACCUUGCACGUGUCUCAGGACUGCACACUAACUCCAAACAGCCUCCCACCUUCAGCCUUCCUGAGGAAACAGACCUUGGUCUUCAGGUCUUUUGUUGCAUUGUUAAUUGUCAGGGAUUUUGCUGUGGCAGCUGGUAUUUUCAUUGUGGCUAUAAAAAAAAAGGCAAAAAUGUCUUCCUUGUAUUUAUUUUCUUUCAAAAGAUGGCUUCUUUGCUAAUAAAACUGUUGGAAGAAGUUUCUCCUUUAAG